AUGCGACGCCGCGCUACCUGCUACUUCCAUGCAACAGGAGUUGCUCUGCACACGCGCCGAGAUGGCGCCCUGUUUCUACUGCCGUCAGUAUUAGACUCCAAGACAUUUGCCAAGCUGGCAAACCGCCAAGGAGCAAAACUGGAACUUCAGCUUUACGAGGAGAUGACGAGAGCCUCACCACACCUACACUCCCGUGCCUUUCUCGACCAGGCGAAGGAGCAGGCAAGAGAACUAUGCUCGCCACUCACUACGCUGCAAAGGGAGGAGGUCGAGUCCACUAUGGCGCAGAAGUACAAGCUCACAGAUGAUCGACUUGUCACCUGCUUAGUUCCCUACCAGCUCGGGGCCAACAUCCUCCUCUCCCGUCUACCUCCCAAGGUCAGGGAGGAAUCUCUCCGGGAAUUGAAGUCUGAAGAAGCAGCCAGGCAGAGUGGGUCUCCUCCUGGACCGAACAAAUGGAUCCAAUGGUAUGAAGCCGACGUUUACGUCUCAACCGGCAAGAAGUACUUGAAGCGCAUCAGCACCCGUCGACAGCGUCGCAUUCCUGUCUUUGCUGUCAUGGGACAUGUAAAUCACGGCAAGACUGCCUUACUCGAUGCCUUGCAGGGGUCGCGCAUCGGUGCUGUAGAGCCUCAUCACAUCACGCAGUCCAUUCGGGCGUUCACGAUACAAAGGCCAGGCGGCGACAACGAUCUCUUUACCUUUAUCGACACUCCGGGGCACCACAUUUUUGUCGAAACUCGGUUUCACGUGCAGCUGAUAGCUGACGUCAUCGCGUUGGUCAUCUCGGUUGCCGAAGGGAUCGGAAGUCAAACUCACGAGACGAUCAAGGUCGCCCUCAACGUUGACAAGCCGGUGAUCGUAGUCUUGAACAAGCUUGAUCUCUUGUCCGACGCGCUCACUGCCGAGAAGGCAGUGCGGCGCAUCCUAGGAGAGCUGUACUAUAUGGGGCUCGACGUGCACCUGUUGCAAAGGGAGAAGGAUGUUGAGGCGUUGGCGACCAAGGCGUCGACCGCUUGUUGCAGUAGCCGCGGCAGCAGUCUCACAGAUUUGCGUCCGCAAGCUGAAUACUUUGCACCAAUGAAGACGGUCGAUCCGGAGUAUAAAGGCAGCAAGCGGCACCCACAAGUGCACCUGCUCCGCAAAAGCUACGGUGUGUGUGUCUCUGCUGAAACCGGAGCUCAUAUUCCCCUCCUGUGGCGCGUUCUGCAGCUUUGUCGAGAUUGUGCACCCCCAACAUGUCUCAGCAAUUCCGUUGGGCACACCGAACACAACGCCGCCGUUCAAGCCGUCGUGUUGGAGUCUUCCAAGCACCUGUUCGAUGAAGAGGGCUUUCGAUUGAACCGCAAGCGCCAGCAGAUCCAGCGGAGCAUCGAUCUGAAGCAGGAGAAACGCUCAAAGGUGUUUGAGCAACGAAGUCCUCGGUCGCGGCUCAACUCCUCAUACAACAGCGGCAAAACGCAGUCCACACGGCAGAAUCGGACCAGCUCGUCGUCCCUGGUAAUCACGGCCAUCGUCCAGGAGGGCGUUCUAACUGAGGGAAUGCACUUUAUCGCCGAUCAGGCGGAGGGUCAGGUACACGCAUUGGUCGACUACUGGGGCAAUCGUGUUGAGAAGGCGUACCCCGGGAUGGCCGUUACGCUUAUCGACAAGAACAGCAUGAGCGGGUGCCCCGGCGCCGGAAUCCAUGUGCUGUCCAUGACGGACCUCGCUUCGCGCGUGCGCGUUCAAGCGUAUCGCCAACGGCUGCAGUGGUACGCUGAGAUUUUUACGACAAAGCUGCACUACCUCCGCCCACGGGGGAUGGACGUGUCUUUCGCUCAUCUGGGUGACUACGGUCAACUCGGCAUCACCGACUCGCUUGAAUGCCAACUGCUGUACGGACCGCCGCAAAAGCCCUCCGAGGAGCAGAGGGGACCGGAGGCGCUACCCCCAGGGGCCUCGGCGAGCGAUGAGUCCAUUGGCGCGUACCUCGCGGCGAGGAAUCGAGAGUCUGAAUCAAACGCUCUCCAAGCUUCCUCGGUGGGGUCUGUUGCACUCCCGGACGGCGCAACGAAGCGCUUGACGCAGGGAAUCAUGAGCGAAGACGAUGAAGAGGUGCUCAAGGCUACGUGGCAGAGUGCGCAGCUGCAGCGGCAGAUCACAUCCCAAAAGGAAUACGAGGAGCACGUUGCACAGUGUGUCCAGGUGGGUGUCUUAAUCAAGGUAGAUUCAUGGCACACCGCCCGCAUGCUACACCGCGAAAUCUCUCGUCUCGGCACGCGCAAGGUUUAUUUUCAAGUCGUCGGCGCGCGUUUCGGGCCUCUGCAGGUGAGCGACAUCAUUUACUUCAUGCAGGCGGUGAAGGUCAUUGUGUGCUUCCGUACGCCUCUUUCUGCGUCCAGCGACCUGGACAGCUACAUCGAGAACGCCAACGUGUGGGUGCUCCAGACCGAUCACUUCUCCGACGUGGUUCUCUUCAUGAAGUGGUGCGCGGUGGCGAUGCACAAGGAGAAGGUGCUCGAUGAAAUUGACGGCGACGAGUCGGGCCCUCGUCCUCGAAUUGUUGUGGACUCGAAGAAGCCGGAGGCGGACAGCGGGGGUCCGAAGGGAUCUAAGUCGCAGAGGCAAAGGCUUCUCCUGUACGAUGACGACGACGAUGACGAGUUUUGGAGCACGUAG